AUGCCUGUUGCAAAGUCGAAGCAGAGGAGCACCCUCUUCGUCUUCCUGUACUUCGCCUCUUCAGCAGCGCUCGCGGUGCUGCUCUCCGCGUCCUGGCAAUGGCUUGCCGGGGCAUCCGCCCGGCCCGCCCGCAUGCGCCUGUUCAUGCACGACGUGCUCACCGGCCCGGGCGCCACGGCGGUCGAGGUCGUGAACGGCACGGGGCCAUCGCUGUUCGGGGGCGACCCGCCCCUGCGGUUCGGGCAGGUGGUGGUGAUCGACGACGCGCUCACGGAUGGGCCGGACCCGGCGUCGAGGCCCGUGGGGCGUGCGCAGGGGACCUACGUGUUCGCGUCCAUGCACGACCCGGCGCUGCUCUUCUGCAUGAAUGUGGUGCUCACGGCGGGGCCCUACUCCGGGAGCACCUUCGCCGUCGUCGGCCGCGACAACAUCGUCGAGCCACUGCGGGAGCUGUCGGUGGUGGGCGGCACAGGGAGGUUCAGGAUGGCGACGGGGUACGUGCUCUGGAGGACGGCGAGCUGGCAGCUACGCAAGAACGCCGUCCUCGACCUGGACGUGUUUAUCUACGUCCACGCCCACGCCCACGCCCACGCCCAUGCAUGAUGGACGGCUCCAACCCUUUAUUUUAUGUGCCUUUCAUUUUAUGUCCCUUCCAUUUUAUGUGUAUUAUGUCCCUUUCAUUUUAUUUUUGACAUAUUAGCAUUUUGUUUUAAAUCAAACUUUAUAAAGUUUAACCAAAUAUAUAAAAAAUAAGAAGAGUAGAUGGAAUUGUGAUAAGAAAUUUUGUGACAAUUAACAUACAUUAAUGUUGUGUCAAUAUUUUAGAUAUUUUUUCAGAUUUUUUCCAACAUUUUAGAAGUUGCUACGCCAUCCGGUGCACCAGUAGUAUUACAAGGGUGGGUUACGAGAUACAUUCCCAUAGGAGUUUUUUUUAGCAUUUCCUCUAUACUUUUUUACCAUGUUUUCUUCUAGUAAAAUUGUGGCCUGUCCACAUGUAACAAUUUAUUUCUCAUUUUUACGAUUUGUAUAAGAAAUAAGACC